AAAAAUGUUAACUGCAUCACCUCACAUGAAAUCGGAUAAACCAUAUUAAUAGAGUCCUUAAUAUAAGAAACCUCAUCCUUAUAAUCCUGAGGCCAGCAUUUCCCUGAAAAACUCAAUUAACUUGAAAGGUAUGUGGUAACAACAAUAAUCAAGAUUUUUAAUUUAACGAAGAAUUGGAAUACUAUAAGACUCGAUCAGCUGAUCUUGAAUAAUAUGCCAGGCAACUGAAAAAUGAAUUGGAUACUACCAUCAUUAGAAUGAGCAAAUAGGGCGCUUUGGACGAGAAGGCGGAGUUAAUGAUACACUAGAAUUAAAUACUGAGUUAAGACAUAGAUAAAUUACAAAAGAACUUUGCCUAAAAGAAGACUGAAUGUGAAUUAUGGAAAUCCAAAUACGAAUAAUAGCUCAACAGUGCCGUUUAAUGUAUGUAGAUUUUUUAUAUAUUAAUAGUGAAGGCUCAAUAUGAAUUGGACUUACGCAAGCUUAGUAACGAACUAAAGAUGUUGGAGGAAAGAAACGCCAUACUUGAGAAGGAGAGAUCACAUGAAGUUGAAGCCACAAAAACCAAUUUCUCAAGUAAUUUUAUUUAUAAUUUUGACAGUUUAAAAUGAAUAAUAAAGACAUAGUUAUCUCACUUAAAUUGAUGUGCUUGAAAAUCAAUUAAGAAAAUUGCGAGAGUACGCUGACAUAAGAGACAAGGAGAUCUAUGAGUUGGAGACAAAAUUGACUAAGGUUUUGUAAGACAGAGAAUAUGUGGAGACUAAAUUGCUUAAGGAUAACGACAUAUAUAGGACCAGAUUAUAAGAAUAAGAGAGAGACAAUCAAAUUGAAAUGAAUAAUCUGAGACAAAAAUUGGAUAUAUUGAAUUAAGGAUAAUUGGACAAUAUUAAGAAUCAAUACAUGGCUUAGGCUGAAAUUUUGGAUGAUGAAAUCGAAAAAUUGAAAGGUCUUUUAGGAAUAAAGAAUGAAGAAAUUAAGACAUUGAUAGAUUAAAAUGAAAGAUUGCGAGCUAAUUAUGAGAAGGAAAUUGAAACUAUUACCCUUCAAUUCCAUGUUUUGAAGGAAAAGAUGUUUGAAAAUGAGUAAAGAUUCUAAGAGGAAUCUCAACAAAUGGAAAAUAACUUAAGAAGCUAACAUGAGAUUGGUGUUGAGACCUUACAAUAACAUCAUUAGAAUUCCAAUUAAAUUCUUGAAAAUUAAAUUGCUCAUCUUAAAGGCUAAGUUUUAGAGUAAAGCAAACAAUUAGAAGAGUUACAAAAAAUAAGAUAAUAAUUACAUUAAGCCAAUCUGUAGGAUCAAGAAAAUGCCCAAAAUAUCAUCAACAAUUUGAAGAAAGAAGUAAAUAUCAUUAAUAAUCCCUUAGAUUUAAGAUUAAUAAACUAGAUAUCAAGAUUAGAUUUUAAAAAACUAUCAGGAUUAUGAUUUAUAGAAGAAAGAAUUAUUGAAUUAUAAUCAAUAGCAAUUAGAAUUUAAUCAAUAGUUAUAACAAUAGAUUUAAAAUUUAAAUUAGAUAAUCGAAUUAAAGGAGUAAUAAUACGAAACCACUUUAGUGUAAUUCAAGAAUAUGAAUGAUCAAUUGAUUGUACUUAAUUUUAUAAUUAUUCAUAGAAUAAACUAAACGAUUUGUACAGAGAUAAUGAGCAAAUCAAAGCCAAAUUCAAUGUUACAGUAGCAGAAUAGGAAGAUUAAUUAAAUAAAUAAUUAAAAUUAAUUAAACAGCAAGAGCAUAAAAUAUAAUAAUUAACAUCAACAUCAUAAAGAGACAAGUAAAAUGCUGAGAGAUAAAUAACUAAUUUGUAGAAUUAAAAUAGAUAAAAAGAACAGCAAUUGGCAGAAUUAAAAGCAUAAUUAAAGGCUGCUGAAGAAAAUUUAGAUAAAAUUGAUAACGAAUUAUAAGAAACUAAAAAUACACUCUAGAGUUAGAUUGAAGAAUAAAAAUAUAAUUAUGAAUAAGAAAUAGAGUCAAUCUAAGCUCAAUAAAAUGAAGACUUAUUGAGUACUAAGAAAUUAUAUGAAGAGAAGGAGACAUCAUUAAAUUAGGAACUCAUUCAAUUGAAGGGAAAUUUAUAAACUUAAUAAACACUAAACAUUGAAUUAAACUAAAAGUAAGUUUUGUAAUAAGUUUUUUAGGUUAGAUGAAUAUGGCUAAUAAAUUCAAAACGCCGUUAACAAUUCGGAUGUUAUUAAAUAAUACGAAAUUCUAUCAGAGAUCAAUUUAAUAAACAGAUUAAGAAAUUGA